AUGUCUCAACAACAACAACAACAACAAUCUAACCUUUGGCAACAAUGGGCCGCCAGUGCCCCCGAGAAGCGAUCCACUUCCAGUCUGUUGGAUGACGACGAAGACGAACAAGUCGAGAGCGUCAUGCAACACAUGCAGCUACCAGGAAUGGCACCACGAGCCGAUGAAUGCGCCUUCUUGCCACCCUUCUCUUCUUCUCCUUCUUCUUUGCAACGAAGUGAUACCCUGAGAUCCGUGGAAAGCGGCGCACUCCCCAUGGUCGCACUCCGAAGAUGCAAUCAUUCAUAA